CUGUCGCUGUUGUUGCGCCUAGUCGAUCGCGCCUACCACCGCUCACCUCACCCACCGUUUGACCGACCCCACCACUUCAAGUGGGAUAUCACACAAUGACCUCACAAAUCACCGACCAGCUAGCAGCAACCAAGCUGAAUGAUGCAUCACCAGAAGCCAAUUGGAAGGAAGGGCUGACAGCUCCGGCGAAAGAUGCGCGACCACAGACUGAGGAUGUAACUGCGACGAAAGGCCUUGAGUUUGAGGACUUCUUCAUCAAGCGCGAGCUUAUGAUGGGGAUCUUCGAGGCAGGCUUCGAGAAGCCAUCGCCCAUCCAAGAAGAGACCAUUCCUGUUGCUCUAACCGGGCGAGACAUCCUUGCGCGAGCGAAGAACGGCACCGGAAAGACUGCGGCUUUCGUCAUUCCCACCCUCGAACGCGUGAACCCGAAAAACCCGAAGACACAGGCGCUCAUUCUUGUACCUACCCGAGAACUGGCUCUCCAAACCUCACAGGUCUGCAAAACCUUGGGAAAGCACCUGGGUAUCAACGUCAUGGUUUCCACUGGCGGAACAGGGCUCAAGGAUGAUAUCAUCCGACUGAGCGAACCCGUCCAUAUCAUUGUUGGAACACCUGGCAGAAUCUUGGAUCUUGCGGGCAAGGGCGUAGCCGAUCUCACAGCUUGCCAGACGUUCGUCAUGGACGAAGCUGACAAGCUCUUGUCUCCCGAGUUCACGCCCGUCAUCGAGCAGCUACUUGGAUUCCACCCCAAAGAUAGGCAGGUCAUGCUGUUCAGUGCUACCUUCCCCAUUGUAGUCAAGGACUUUAAGGACAAGCACAUGAACUCCCCUUACGAGAUCAACUUGAUGGACGAGCUGACCCUCCGCGGUAUUACUCAGUACUACGCGUUUGUCGAGGAGAAGCAGAAGGUGCACUGCUUGAACACACUCUUCAACAAGCUGCAGAUCAACCAAUCGAUCAUCUUCUGUAACUCCACCAACCGUGUCGAGUUACUGGCCAAGAAGAUUACUGAGCUUGGAUACUCUUGCUUCUACUCGCACGCCCGGAUGCUUCAGCACAACCGUAACCGUGUGUUCCAUGACUUUAGGAACGGCGUGUGUCGAAAUCUUGUCUGCUCGGAUCUGUUGACUCGCGGUAUUGAUAUUCAGGCUGUCAAUGUUGUCAUCAACUUCGAUUUCCCGAAGAAUGCCGAGACGUAUCUGCACCGCAUUGGCCGCUCUGGUCGAUUUGGACACCUGGGUCUGGCUAUCAACUUGAUCAACUGGGAGGACAGGUUCAACCUGUACAGGAUUGAGCAAGAGCUCGGUACUGAGAUCCAGCCCAUUCCCCAGGUCAUUGAGAAGAACCUCUACGUUUACGAGUCGCCCGAUACGAUUCCCCGUCCUAUCUCCAACUCGCAACCACGCCCUCAAGGCCAAGAGCAACCUCAGGAAGGUGAUGGCAGCAUGGCACGGGCUCAAGGCCGACAAGGCUACCGCGGCGGUCGUGGCGGUGGUGGACAGUUCCAGGGACCGCGCCGUGGCCCCUCGCAGGGACAGAAUUUACCUCCUCAGCAAAUCCAACAGAACCAGCAGCGUCAGAAUGGUCAAAACCCGCAACGCAACCCCAGGCAACCACCUGCCGGGCCAGCUUAGGAAGCUGGGGGGCAUGUGCGAUAGGCUGACUGCGCAGUUAUCGUUGACCUUGACAUCUCAUUUUCAAUAUCCUGUCACGAUUUCCCUUUGCACAGGGGCCAGGAGGUU